AUGGGGAUAGGGGCCGGGGGCGGAGGCGCUAGUCUCGGCUUCGGGAACGGCUUUGGAGCCGGUGGAGGUAGUGGAGGAGGAGGGUUCAGGAUGUCAUCCUCCAGCCACAUGGCCGGUCUGGGGAGUGGGAUGAGCUCCGGUGGCGGCGGCAGUGGGAUGAGCUCCGGUGGCGGUGGUGGCGGCGAAGGAGGAGGUUUCGGAUUCGGUGGAGGUGUUGGGGACAAGUCCCUCGGGUUCGCCGGUAACGAGAAGCAGCACAUGCACAACCUGAACGACCGCCUGGCAACCUACAUGGAGAAGGUUCGCCAGCUGGAGGCCACCAACCACCAGCUGGAGGAGAAGCUGAAGACUUUCACCUUCAACAAGGUCGAGGCGCACGACCUGACCAUCUACAACGCAACACUCAAACCACUCAAGGAGCAGCUCAUGGGUUUCCUGAUACAGAACACUCAGAUUGCUGUGGAGAUAGACAAUGCCAAGCUGACUGCUGACGACUUCAGAGUCAAAUGGGAGAAUGAGAAGUCUUUGCGCCAGUGUGUGGAGGGGGACAUCGGGGGUCUGAGGAACCUGCAGCGGGAGUUUGAGAUGAACAUCACAGCCAUGAUGCAGGACCUGCAGGGGUACGAGAAGGAACGGCUCUCCAUGACGAAGAGCCAUGAAGAGGAGCUGUUGUCCAUGCGUGGGGGGAUGAGCGGCCAGGUGAAGGUGGAUGUCCAGGCUGCUAAGAGCCAGGACUUGUCUCUGAUGCUGGCUGAAGUCAGGUCGGAGUACGAGUCGGCCGUGGAGAAAAACCGCAGACAGGCCGAGGCCUGGUACACCAAACAGGUGGAGAUGAAGCAGGCAGAGUCAGCGGUGGUGACUGAGACGACCACUAGGACCACGUCAGAGAUGACAGAGUUACGGAACCGCUACCAGACCCUACAGAUGGAAUACCAGGGUCUACGUAUGGGGAUGGCGAACCUGGAAGCCAGGCUGGUGGAGGUUCAGUCCCAGUUCCAGCAGCGUCUGUCUGGGUAUAGCGGCAAGGUGAUGGGCCUGGAGGGAGAACUGACCUCCAUCAGGGCCAGCACCACUGAGCAGAGACAGGACUACCAGAUCCUUCUGAACAUCAAGAGUCGUCUAGAGAUGGAGAUCCAACAGUAUAAGCAUUUGCUGGAGGGAGCCGGCCUGGGAGGGGGCAUGGUCUCUGGAGGGGCUGACCUGGGAGGGGGCAUGGUGGUCUCUGGAGGGGCUGACCUGGGAGGGGGCAUGGUGGUCUCUGGAGGGGCCGGGAGGUCCUCAGGUAAGACUGUUGUGACCAGAACCAUUGUGUCGGAGGGGAAAUCAUCGGGAGGAGUAGAGGCUCCGCAAUGGUGUCCGGCGGGGGAUCAGCCACGGUGUCAUCAGGAGGCGGCACGGCGCAAACAGGAGGAGGCAUGGUGCCAUCAGGAGGAGGCACGGUGCCAUCAGGAGGAGGCACGGCGCAAACAGGAGGAGGCACGGCGCAAACAGGAGGAGGCACUGCGCCAUCAGGAGGAGGCACGGCGCCAUCAGAAGGAGGCACGGCGCAAACAGGAGGAGGCACUGCGCCAUCAGGAGGAGGCACGGCGCCAUCAGGAGGCAGCAUUGCGCCAUCAGGAGGAGGCACGGUGUCCGGCAGAGGUUCCACGAUGAUGUCCGGCGGGGGAGCAGCCAUGGAGGGAGGCAUGGUGAUCACUAAGACCACUGUCACAGAGGUCUCCUCUAGCAGUUCAGGAGGAGGUGC